ACCUUAACAUCUUUGUAGGAAUUUUCAUCAAGAGUCCAUUUCAAAUCUUCCAAAUCUAAUUUCAAUUUCCGUUGACAAAAAAAAAACAUUCAACUUCCGAAAUGACUCUUGCAAACAUCAAGAAAUCUCCCUUGGCUAGACUGCGCAGGAAGUUAUCCUCAAGAAAAUCAGAAUCGUCCGUGGACGAAGAGGAAGCGAGAAGCAGCACCAGCAGCAACAGAAGCAGCUCGUUAAAUGUGGACGAGCUAAGAACCGUGUUUGACUACAUAGACGCGAACUCGGACGGGAAAAUCUCCGGGACCGAGCUGCAGAGCUGCGUCAGCCUCUUGGGCGGCGCGUUGUCUUCGAGCGAGGCGGAGGAGGUCGUGAAGAUUUCAGACGUCGACGGCGACGGGCUUAUGGAUUUCGAGGAGUUUUUGAAGCUGAUGGAAGGAGAAGACGGUAGUGACGAGGAGAGGAGGAAGGAGCUGAGAGAGGCUUUCCGGAUGUAUGUGACGGAGGGUGAAGAGUUUAUUACGGCGGCGAGUUUACGGAGGACGCUGAGUCGACUCGGGGAGUCGUGUACGGUUGAUGCAUGUAAGGUGAUGAUCCGUGGGUUUGAUCAGAACGGUGAUGGAGUUCUCAGCUUCGACGAGUUUCUUCUGAUGAUGCGAUGAGAUUCAUGUAUCUCUACUUUACUAAUUCCUUUAUUCAAAUUAUAUUAUUCUUUUGUAUCGCGCAGGGCCAUGCGGGGAAUAGUAGGGUGUAUAUAUAAUUUUUGUUAUUAUUCUGCUGUCACCAGACCUUUCCCGCAUUGCUCUGCACCAGUCUUCAUUCAAACACUCAUUUGAUCCAUAUGUCAUUUUACAUACUUCUUAAUAAAUCCUAUUUUGUAAUA